UAUUAUUUUUACUACAUUUAAUGGAAUAUUUAUUCAUUUAUUGAGUCAUUUAUUUUAUUACUUUUAGUUUCCCUCCUCAGGAUAAGUCAACUCAGAGUUAAGGCUCAAAGUUUCUUAAAGCUGCUUUGUGAAACGGGGUCCAUUGAUUACUGAGCUGAGAGCAUUCACUGAAUCAUCAUCCUAACAGGUGAUCAGCAGCAGAGGAGUAAAUGAAUAUGGUCCGGCUCUGAGGUCUGGACAGUGGCGGUCCACCUGGUUCAUCUAGAAUACUGAAAGGAGAAGAAGUAAAGAAACAAACACUCACUGACCAUCUGAUGAGUCAUUAACGUGUCAUCAGGUUUUAUUACCGUCGUCAUAUGAUGAUGAGAUAACGCAGCAGUGGAACAACGUCACUAAUACAUGAUGACAGUUCAGAGUUUUAUCUAAAUCAACAGUUGUGUACAGAUAUUGUCUAAAUGUUUGUCAAAUCAAAAGUUUCAGUUAUGUUCAGUUAUAAAAAUAAAAACCUUGUCACCUCUUAAAGGGAAGGUUGAGACGUCAUAAAUAAAUACGAAGCGUUCUUUUAGUCUGGUCACGUGAUAAAACUGCUGUCUACAUGACAACCGACAUGCUGAUGAAGACCUUGAGAGGCAGAUGGGUGGAGGAUCAUGAAGUCGUCCACAACAUGAUGUUUAACACCAAGACGAACCUGAAAGUUUCUCACAAAAAGACCCUGACCAGAUCAGAGUGGUGGGACAACGGAGUGCUGCCGUUGUGGAUCACAGCUCAGAACCAGGGUCUGAAAACAGCGUCCUUCUACUAUCCUGGAGGCGGGGCUAACUACAGCGGCCAGGCGGUCAACCGGGUACUCGUGGAGGAGUCUGAUCACCCGGACGACAACGAGACCGAGUGGCAGCAGAACAUCGACAUGGUGAUGAGCUGGUUCUCCGACGAAGACUUCCACCUGGUGACGCUGUACUACGGCGAGCCGGACAACGUGGGCCACGCCAAGGGGCCGGACCACCCGGACAGGAAGAAGAUCAUCCGGCAGAUCGACCGCACCAUUGGCUACCUGAGGGAGGCCAUCAGUCGCCAUCACCUGAACGACAGACUGAACGUCAUCAUAACCUCUGACCACGGCAUGACCACCGUCAAGAAGCGACCGCAGGUGGACGAGAUCAUCCUCAACAAGUACCUGAAUUUACUCAAGCUCGCCAGCUUCGAGAUCCUCGACUACGGCGGGUUCGGCAUCCUGACACCGCGGCCAGGGAAGGAGAAGGAGGUGUUCGACGCUCUGUCCAACGCGCCCAAUCUGACGGUCUACAGGAAACAUGAGCUUCCUGAGAGCUUCCAUCUCGCCAAGAGUGAACGGUUGCCUCCCAUCGUGGUCAUCGCAGAUCUGGGAUUCAACCUGAACUCUAGAUUCAUCGUCUACGUCAACAAAGGUGACCACGGCUUCCAUAAUGGAGAGAUGGACAUGAAGACCAUCUUCAGGGCCUUCGGACCCGACUUCAAGAAGAACUUCCUGUCCGAGCCAUUUGAUAGCAUCCACGUCUACCCUCUGAUGUGUAAAGUGCUGCAGAUCGAACCGGCGCCGCACAAUGGAUCUCUGGCGGUAACGGAGAAGAUGCUGCUGCACGGCGGUGGAUCACAGAGAGCGAGACUGUCUGUCGCUCUGCUGCUGUCCAUGCUGCUCUUCAUGUUCACUGUGCUCUAACAGACCCUGGAUCAGAUCUACAGACCCUGGAUCAGAUCUACAGACCCUGGAUCAGAUCUACAGAGCCUGGAUAACAUCUGGUUUUACUCUCGUCUAUUCUGAAGUAUUAUUGUAAUAUUUAUACACACUACCAGCUGAUGACUGAUUGUACUGACGCAGUAGAUUCAGUCAGCCAGCUGUUAGAUUUCUGAAUAAAUAAUCUCGCUCUGUAAUAAUAAAUGUUUAUAUAAUAAAAUGUUAUUUUGUUCUGUA